CUAACAACCCGUCAGGGAUCCGUAGAUCAAUACGGCCGGUGCAUCGAUGUCUACCGCUGGGUCUUUAGGGUCGUUUUAUUCAAAUAUCAGCGCCACCUUCCAUGUGUGUCUUCCACAAAUCUAGAUCAAUCUUUGCGUAUCACAACUCCGUUUCCUCGGCAAAUUCUACCCAACUAGAAUCCAGAUAACAUCAUGGUGGUAACCGACACAGACGUCUUAAUCGUAGGUGGAGGGCCAACAGGGGUGACAUUGGCUUUGGAGCUGGCCGCCCAAGGAACGCCAUUCCGUCUCAUCGAUAGGGAUUUGCAGAGAUCAGAUAAGUCUAGGGCUUUGGGUAUCCAGCCUCGGACUCUAGAGCUUCUGAAUCGACAUGGAAAUGUCCGAGAUUUCAUCUCUCGGGGCAAUCUGAGCCGCGGCACUACGUUCUACAUCAACGGCAAGAAGGCAGCUGAUAUCGAUAUCUCUGGUCUUGCGGAUGACACAGCAUUCCCCCUUAUCCUCAUCAUAUCCCAGGUAGAAACCGAGAUAUACCUAGAUGAGUGCCUUGCGAAAUACGGCUUCUCGGUCGAGCGUGGGCUCGAAGCAAAAUCGAUCGUCCAGGACUCCGAAGGCGUAACUGUCACGUUAAGCAAGCCGGAUGGCGCCCAAGAAACUGUACGCGCAAAGUACGUCGUUGGUGCCGACGGAGCGCAUAGCACCGUGCGACACGCAGCGACGGGUCUUACUUUUCAGGGAGAGGCCUACCCCCAAGACUUCAUCCUCUGCGAUGCCUCUAUCAGGAACACGAAGAUAGUCUGGGAUCGAUUUUCCCUCUGCAUGGGCAGGGGUUCGCUCGCCGUCUUCCCGCUGAAGGACGGCACGUGCCGAGUUGUGAUGUCACGUAUGGACGCCGAUCAGGAUGCCGAGGUGAAAUUGGAGGACUUUCAGACCAUGUUGGACAAUCUUCAUGCCGAUGCGGGCCAGUUGUACAACCCUACCUGGAUCACAAGGUUCCACCUACACCACAGAGGCGUGAACAACUACCGUGAUGGUCGCCUCUUUGUCGCAGGCGACGCAGCACAUAUCCACUCGCCAGCCGGAGCUCAAGGUAUGAACACGGGAAUACAAGAUGCCAUCAACCUAGGUUGGAAACUAGCAAAGGUGGUCCGUGGCGAGCGUCCAGACUCUUUCCUAGACAGCUAUGACAUCGAGCGUCGACCAAUUGGGCAACAUCUGCUCGAGAGCUCUGAUAAGAUGUUUACCUGGGGAUGCUCUUCCAACCCUUUCUUCGUCACCUUCCGCAACGUGUUGUUCAACUGGAUCCUCCCCUGGUACGUUAAUAGCAAGAGCCGUCGCGCCAGCAUUUUUAGAUUUAUAUCCGAGUUCGGCAUCAGCUACAAGGACGGCUCGUUCGUGGGCACUGCGCCAGGCCACGUCGGGCCCAUAGUAGGAGGCGACCGAGUUCCUGACAGGAAGAUUGAAAGCUCGGGGGGUGAGAAGUACUUCUACGAGCUUCUUACUCCCGACACGCAUCAUUUAGUGUUGUUCUCGGGGGUUGGUCAAGCAGCUGCCACUAAAGAAGCUAUGCUGGAGGCGAGGUCCCAGUUCGAGAAAAAGAACCUGGAUAAAGCUAAAGUGCAUAUAAUCUUCAACGCAAAGGCCGGUUCUGAUAAUACACCUGGAUAUACCGAUAUUGGAAAUCGCUUGCAUGAAGACUUUGGCUGCUCUAAACCUACUUACGUCUACAUUCGACCCGACACAUACAUAGAACAUAUCGGUUUGCUUUCCGAGCUGAAUGGGCUUUCAGCAUGGUUACAAUAAUGUGGUUUAGCGUUCUGGAGUGGAAGUUGUCGAUUUGUAUUAGCUAUGUCCAACACACACCGGUAUCUUCUUUCGACGUUCAAUGGCGCAUGGAGUUCUAAUGCUGCGGUUCUCGAGCAUGCGUUUCUGUGUUCUUCACAUGAAGCGAGGUGUUAUGGUACACACAAGGAUCUAUAGAAAGGUCUAGGGCCAUCAAAUUGUCAAAAUCAAUACGCAGAAAAUUUAGCUAGUCCCAUGCAUUCACCCCAUGCGCAGCGUGAUUGUAUGGAAAUCAUCCUCUGCUUUUCGACAUUCCAUUCUAUUUCAUACUAUGUUAGCACGGCAGCAUUUGAGAUUAAUUACUACCCUGAAACUUGAAAAUGUUAUAUCGUUAGUUAUAUACUCCAUUGAAUGAGAUGAGACUUGAUUUCAGAUAUAAAAUGAGGAUUUAAAAGUUGC